CGGGCGGACCUGAUUCUCAUGGGCGCGCGCGCACACACACACAUACACACACAUACACAGAGACACCCGCGUAUACACGCAAUACACAAUACAUACGUACAUGCAUACAUACAAACGCACAUAUACACAUAGUGACUCUCAUAUAUUUACGAACACGCGAAUCUCUGGACAUCUUCGCGCGACUCCAGUUCGCGAACAAAACGGUAUUAAUCGUGACUAUGAGUGAAUCGCUCGGCGGAUUAUUCAUCAUCGACGAUAAGAGGUAACGCGCGCGAUUAAACGCGACCGUGCUCUCGCUCUGUCGCGCUCGCUCUUUCGCGCGAAAUUCAUGUGAGUGUCAGCCGGUUACCAAGAGCGAAGAACAAUGGCACGUUUGAGUGACUGAUUAAUUGCACGAGUCGAGUGUGAAAAGAAAAAGAAAAAAAAACAAACAGAAACACGAAAGCGGAAAGAAGACACACGCUGCCGCGUGACGGUACCGGAAACGGUGGUGAGAGUAGUGACAGACCGUAACGAAGCAGGCAGUAGUAGAGAAAGAGUGCGGACAAACACGGCGCGUUAGUCGCGGACGUUGCGCGACGGGACUGUACCCGUGAUCGAACACGGUGAUUGCUGGUGAGAAGGUGGUUGCUGUGUGGACUUCAGUGUAUCGGCUGGUACCACGAUUCACCGCGAAUAUAAGCGCGGUGUCAUAGCGGUGGGUCAACGACGUUGUCUAUAUGUUGUGUGGCAUGUACCUGCGACAACGGCAUGAACAUGCGUCUAAUCCACGCACGUACGCGUAACCGUCGCGGCUCGCCACCGACGAGGAUUCAAUUAAGCCUCCCGCGAGGAAGGUCAAGUACGCCAUACGAGCGACAGGACAUGCGGAGGGGUCCCGAGUUUUAAUUAAAACUCGCCCGCGGGAUUCCCAUUAUCACGCGCGCGUCUCGUAUUCAGGAUUAAUUAGCUGCGCGAAGAAACGAGGCGAGGGCAGGUGAUAAAGAAGAACGUGAUUGCCGCUGGCUCGAGAUAUAUAUAUAUAUAUAUAUUUUUUGUUUGUUCCGUAAUAUCGUGCGACAGGUUUGUGCGACGCGCCGCGAGCUCCUCGAGCCCGCUCUCGUCGACAUGAACGAGUCUCUUCUUCGUUCGAGCUGGCUCGCACAGCAGUGAUCGAGACGUGUUUUUAACACGGCACUUUCGACCGUACGAAUGUUCUCUCGCGGGUUACAGUUCGCGCGUGAAAUAUAAAUCGUCGCUUGGAAACGAGAGACAAAGUCAGAAAAAAAAAGCGGAAAAAGUUGCGAGCUUUUUGCAUCUACGCGCAUGCAGCAACGAUGUGGUAGUAAAACGAUUCUCGGCAAUUAGAGACAGGUCGUUCUAACGCACGGAAGAGGCGCGUAUUAUGUGAGGAGAAAGCCGCGCGACGAGGGAAACGAAGAUGUCCGCCGUCAGCGUCGUCGCAUGGCUGCUCGGCGCCGUCGCUUUGGCUGCGAUUAAUGAAGUGCAUUGCUACAACAUGCCGCAGGGCAGCACCGGCAAAAGCAGCGACACAUACAACGCUCUGCCGGAGGAACCAGCACGAUCGGGGCCGUAUUUCGACAAAUCGGCUUCGAAAAACGUGACCGCUCUCCUCGGAAAGACCACGUAUCUCAACUGCCGUGUUAAAAAUUUGGGGAACAAAACGAUGACGCUACAAGUAUCGUGGGUACGGCACAGAGACGUUCAUUUGCUCACGAUCGGUCGUUACACGUACACGAACGACCAGCGAUUUCGAGCGAUUCACAACGCUCACUCGGACGACUGGACGCUCCAGAUCAAGUAUCCGCAGCAUCGGGACAGCGGCAUUUACGAGUGUCAGGUCUCCACGACGCCGCACAUGAGUCACCUAGUCCAUUUAAAUGUAAUCGAACCAAAAACCGAGAUCCUGGGUGCGCCGGAUCUGUUCAUCAAUCGAGGUAGCACCAUCAAUCUUACGUGCGUCGUUCUGCAGAGUCCAGAACCACCUGCCUAUAUUUUCUGGAAUCAUAACGACGCGAUAAUCAGCUACGACUCCACCAGAGGUGGCGUUUCCGUGGUCACGGAAAAGGGUGACAGCACGACGAGUUUCCUUCUGGUGCAAGAAGCAAAACCGUCUGACUCGGGACGGUACACUUGCAACCCCAGUAACGCUCAACCAAAGUCGAUCACCGUACACGUACUAAACGGAGAGUAUCCCGCGGCAAUGCAGCACGGCGGUCAGGCCAAGCAACCGAGGCUGUAUUCUCUUUUGCUCUGUCUGUGUCUGCUACUUUACUAAUUGCUCUAUUCUAUCGCGCACUUUCGAAGGAAGAAGUCAAGAAGACAAUUCAGAAACGGAGAACGAGAAUGUGUGCGCGAGAAAAAAAAAAGCGAAUAAGAGAGUGUGCGUUAUGAGAGUGUGUGUUUGAUGUGAAAAACAGAGUGAGUGAGUUGUGUGUGAAAGAGAGAGAGAGAGAGAGAGAAAGAGAGAGAGAGAGAGAUAUUUCCGAUAUGAGAUGCUCGAACGUUACCAAAGUGUCAGGGAAGUCACGACUAGAUACGGUGCGACGAUGCGGUGCAUCCUACGCUUUUGACUGUGCACCGGAACGAUGACUCUUUCGCAACGACGCGCCGUUUGUCGAUGCAACGGAGCAACGACAGGAGCGCGUCCAGAACCACAGCACUGCAGCGUGACGACGAUGCUUUUAGCGAUGUCUCGUCGAUGAGGUUGCGCGCCAAUUUCGGAUUAUACGAUAAUACAUAUAUGUAGACGAAAAUGCGCGUUUCACGGUUAUCUAGGUUUCAAUAAGCGUCAACAAACAAACAAACAAAAAUAAAAUCAUCGAUCGGUUUUAUUACCGACGGACGUUGUUCGUAAGUUCGUUUUAAUUUUACGCUUGAUUGAAAAUGACGAUCACACGUGUGUGUAUUCGACGUAUGUAAUACGACACGUGACUCGAUGUGACGAAAUUAAAGACAAUGCGAGCGGAAACACACACACGCACACACGAAUGUAUAUCACACAGGAUGUCGCAGAAGUCGCGCGUACUUUUGUACGAACUUUUCUCUCUCUUUUCGUCUAAAAAUGUACAUUUUUAUACUCUUAAAUUAAAGUUUUCUCUCUCUACUUGUACAAGUAAAAUCUUUUAAAAGUGUUGGAAAAGAAUAUAUGCACAAUUUUUUACAAUAAAUUUACAUUCUACCCAAAAGUUUUCAAAUUCCGCGAUCGUCCGCAAUUCCGAGACUCUCGAAAUAAUCGACUUAUUUUUCAAUGGAACUGCAAACACCUCUGGUUGAAAAAAAAAAAAGAAAAAAUAGCGAAUCUUCUGGGACAUCUUGUACACACACACACACGCGCGCGCGCGCGCGCGCGUAAAUAGCAAAAGUCUGAAAAAGAAUGUGGACACAGUAAAGUCGAAAAAGACCGAGAAUGAAGACAGAGAGUGAAAGAGUGAGAGAUCAAAGUGGUAGAAAGGAUGAGAGAGAGAGAGAGAGGAAGGAAGGAAAAUAGAGGAGGACGCGCACGUGAGCAGUGCUCGCCUUCCCCAGCACGUGCAUAAUUCGAAUAGACCCGAAGCGAGUCUGCCGACUCGCGGAAGUUUCGAAACUGGCAAAGCUAGUAGUGCGGAUGCAUCGUCGAAGAACGAAUCGUUGCCACGCAACCGCGGCUUUGACCGAAUCGGGUAUGUGCGCUUCGGAAAUCUACGCGGCUGUGUAACCACGGACCCGCCACACGACCAGUUUGUACCGGCCGUACAUUGAUUCUUCCGUGGCGACAUGCACAAGAGCCUUUUGUCAAUGCUCGAUUCUCGUGUUCCAAUAUUGACGCCGCACUUUCGGCCACCGGCGAGAAACGAGCGGCGAAAUCUCGAAUUUCCACGCGCCUGAAAAGCACCGCCGAUUAUCACGUAAUCGGAUGUAUCACGUGAUGUCUCUUGACUCUUCUCUUAUUAUUUCCUUGUUUUCGAAAACGGCGCGACAUUUCGAAGCGAUUAACUUCGUUAAUCGUUGAACGCUCGAUGAGAGACGUGUAUCUGUAUAUACGAUAUAUUUUUGUUUAUUAAUCGGUAAGUAGCGAUUUUUUACAUUUGAAACUCUCCAGGACUUGGCUUUGAUCGCGAGCAGUCACGUCGUUUUUUUACAACUAAGAAAUGUCGGUUUACAACGCAAUUAAUUCUGUUUUUUUUUUUUUGCUCCCAGUUGCGUAUUGUGAAAUUCAAUAGCAGUUUCGUUUCUGUUACCGUUUGCUGCGUUUAUUGUCAAAGAGUACGAGUACAAAGCGAGAGAUAUUCGCAUUGUGCGACGAUACAUAUGCAUUAAUCGCGUUACAUGAUGUGCUUCGAGAGUUCGAAGAGAAAAGGACUUUUACGUUUCAAAGCAAAAAAUAUUUAUGUGACAAAUGCGCAAAAAGGAUUUUUCCGAGCAUUAUUAUAUAUUAAUAUUAGUAGAAUCUACACUCGGUAAUGGUAUAUCUGCGAGGCAAUGCGCGUUAAAAUUUUAUCGUAUUGUUAUUUUGCGAGCGAGAUUUCGGAGCUUCGUUUCUGAACGAUACCCUUUUGCCAUAAAGCAAAUUAAUUUUUGUAAGCGCACGAGAGAGAAAGAGAGAGAUCUCCUUCUCUGUCGGGAUUAACAGAAAUACGCCAUAAAGCGGCGGUGUCCGUCCGUAGGAUAAACGCGGCGUCGGAUGAAAAAUAUUUAAAAACGCGGCAUUAAACUAAAAUCCUCUUAAUUAAUUUAGACACGCAGAAGCUUUCAUUUUCUGUGUAGCGUUUCGCAUUGUUUAUGCAAUUUACGGAAUCGCUCGUGUCGGCAAAAUCGCCUGUACCUAUCUAACCAUCACACCGCGGUUGAAACAAAAGAUAACAAUUAAAUUCAUCUUUCCGCUUCUCCGGGAAGAGCGUUUUUCUGGGACGCGGAGGUGGGAAGGGGGAUAUAAUGAAGAAGAGUCGGUCACGCGUGCAAUCCGUGUAUAUAGCAGGUACGCGGGAGCAAUGGGAGGAUAAGCGACGAGAGAGCGCAUCGCCCGUAAUCGAUCAAGCCCGUGUGAAAGGCGCGCGAGACGAACAUCCGGUUCAAUUAGCUCUUGCAAUUUGCUCUUUUCAAGCUGCUCUGCCCAUUCGUCUUUACGGGCAAUACCUUCAACUAUAAUAUCGAAUUUCGCGCGGCGCUGCCCGGCGUUAGCCAUAACUCAUGCUCACACUGUUGCUGUCCUUAUUCGUUUCUUACGCUGCGCGUAUCUCGCAGCUUUCAUCGAAACACGCCGAAAAACGCCACGGGAGUUCUCGCCGAUGAUUUUCGUUCCAAGAUUUAAAUUAAUGUUUUUAAAUAUGAACAUAAAUAAAGCGAGAUGUAGAGGUGUGACCUCCGGCUCUUGUAAAUUUCCAAGAAAACGGCUAUAUUGAGACCAAAGCAGGGAUGUGCAAAUAUAUAUAUAAAUGAAUCGAUCAAUUGAUAAGAAUUUAAAAUAUAGUCGAAACGUUUUGAUUACAAAAAAUCUCUCAUUUAUUUAUUUAUUACAACAUCCUGCUUUGGACUCUGUAUAACCCGUUUUCUUUGAAAUUUAUAUUGGAAUGAACAUAAAUAUUUGAGUAAUUUUGCAUUAUCACGUAUAUUUAUACGCACAUUAUUAUUUGUAUUCAAAACUAACGAAAGUAUCGGAAA